GUGGAUGCUCUCACACUGGAGUACAGAGCUGCACCAAAGACAGGACGGAAACACUUCCACCAGCGUCGAGAAGCGGGACGGCGGUCUGCUUCUUUUCUUUUAAAAACACAAAAACUUGGGAAAUUCCGGCGCAAACCUUCAACUUGCGAGGUCGGAGGACAGAUUGUCGGAUCAGCAUGGCAUCCCUGAUGAACUCUGCAUGCCUCCUCUUCGUGCCUGUUGCUCUUAUUCUGAUGCUGAGCCCUUGCCCUGUUGCUGCAGCUUCAACCAGAAGGUGUCACUCCAUCUAUAAGGGUUUCGCUCAGUGUCUGAUGGCUCUGGGCGACAGUUUGACGGACAGCGCCCGCAAGGAUGAGGACACACAUGAGAUACACUCCAUCUGCAGGUCAUGGGAUGAGUUCCAUGACUGUGCCAACGUGGCGAUGGCCGGCUGUCCGGAGGAAGCAGCAGCUGUCUGGGAGUCUCUCCGCCAGGAGUCCAAGAAGAUGCAGUUCUCAGGGAACCUCUACGAUAUGUGCUCCAACCGCAACAGCCACCCAAUAGCCUCAGUCUCCCCACACGGCUCACCCAACCAGGAAGAGAUCAACCAAGAGUCUCUAAGAGGGCGUGCCAAUCACGUCUGCCCCCACCUUCUCAUGCUACUGUCUCUUCUGCUGCUGCUACUGUUUUGGAUAUAACUACCCCAAAGAAAUGGGACUCAUGUGAAUAGAUAUAAACUUUGUGUAUUUUUUCUUCCACAACUCCAUAGACUUUCCACUGUUUUUCCUCUGCUCUGCCAGAGAGGCUGUUUCAUGCAUAUUCUCUGCCUUUUAAUUAGUUACUCUGUUGGAAAAACACACAAAAUCAUACAGAGAUACACAACAGGUAUACAAACAGACCUGCAAAUACACACACAAGCCCCUUUUACACAGCCUGUUCAAGGCGAGAAUGUUGCGCCAUUAAUUCGCCUCACCGUUCUGCUUAAAAGAUACAAACAGGGAAUGGGGGUGCAUUAUUGUUCCAGCAGCAGAGGUAGUCACAUUGCCAGAUCGAUGUCUGUGUAAAAGGGACAGCAGGCAUUGCAGGACUACACAUACUAGAUGCUAACGCUGUUGUGUUAAACAUCAUGCCUCUGAUUCCAGAACAUCGGCAUGGUAUCUAAAUGGUUAUUAUGCCAGUUUUGUUUGGUUCAGCAUAAAAAAGCAAAGCCGGCAUAAUGACGGAUCUUCUUUACGGCAUGUGGGAUCUCUGUAUAAAAGGGACUAAAGUUAAACAGAUACUUAUAGCAGCUAUAUGUCACCUGUCUUUAUUUCCUAUCUCCCUGCAUCUCAUUAGUAUAAGCUUAUAUAUGAUGCUUCCAGGGGGAGUUUGUCUUCGUGAGGGUAAUAAGAGCAGAAUAUUAAGGAGUUCUUGCUUGAUAAACCUAAAAAAAAAAAAAGUGACAAGGCCAGAUGCUACCACUAGCUCUAGCUAAACUCACUCAUUUAUCAGUUAAUAUGAACCAUUUGAUAUUAAACCUUUCUUGGUUUCUAUCUACCAGAUACCAGAUCGACUUAGCAGAUGUGGAACACAACUCUAGCUCCCUCUCCGGUUUCCGAACUCUCCGUCUAUCAAAGUCCACAUCUCUGUGACCAACUACAUUAACUAAAAAUAUGAUAGCUAAUGAGGGGAAGGUCUUGGACAAAGAUCUGAGUUGCACAGUAAGGUUUGACUGCUUGGUUCAUUUUGUGGAUUGCUUUAAAGAUAUUGAAGUGUUCUGAUUAUUAUUCUGAUUAUCUGAUUCUUACAGAGUCAUGAUCAAGAUGUUCUUUGUGCUCAGCACUCGAUAGCAGUUUACUGUAAGCUUUGAGACCAAUCCUGUUGUCAGACAACGUCAAUAUUGGACAAUUCUGCAAAGCCCCAGAAAAUGUUGAAUGACGUUUUAAUGAAAAUGUUUAAUGGCAACUGAAACAGGUUAGAGAAAGAUCAUGGUUACAGUUGAUAAACUGGCAAAUGUUGAUUGCAGAUCUGUGACAGGAUGCAAACUGCAGUCCCCUGCAUGAAAGUCAAACUUGCUACAGACCAAUCACACCCUUACUUUUAGCCUCACUAUAUAAAGGACACACUACUUCCUGCAUUGGCACUGAACAUUGGGGUUCAAGCUGAAUUGUGAGGUGCGUACUCAUUCAAUAUGGACAUAAUUCCUAGGGAUAUUGAGCUGUAGAGACACAAUGAAAUAAAAAAUAUGUUUCCAA